AAUAAAGUAGUUAACUAAUGCUACCAUAAAUCCUCAGAAAGCGGAGGUUUUUAUUGGCUUUGGAGCUUGCUAGCUAAAUUCAGGGUUUAAACUGCAGAUUAUUCGUGAGAAGACGGAUGAUAUGAACCAAAUUCAGCAUAAUGCUGCCAUCUAGUGCUUCCAUACAUGAGCAAUAUCCGUAGAAAAGCAAUUCAAUUACAGAUCAUUCAUUGCUGUAGAGUAAGUUUUAAAUAACAUCCUCGAGGUAAAGUCAAAGAUUCGAGAUACUUUUUGUAUUUAAUGGAAUCUUCAUGUCAACAUGUUACGGUAUUUAUUUUUUAAAACGCUAUGGUUUACAGUUUUUUUUUAUGCAAACGUUUCUUUACCCAGAUUCUUAAACCACCGUUGCCUCAUUUUUUUUUGAGGAAAUCCUUUUUCUGUGAAUAAACACUAACGGGUUAUAUUAGGAAUGUUUGCAACAACAGAGCAAAGUUCAACUCGUUAACCCUCGCACAACCAGACUCCAGCUUUUGAAUUUUAGCGGGUGAUUGACUAAAUGAAGACGAAGGGAAGCGCUGGAAUCUAUAAUGUUAAUAUUUAUCGUAGCUGAGGCUGAUUAGCAACAACACACACGCAAAACAUACAAAGGGGUUGCUUUUGAAAGAGCAGCCUGAAGUCUGACCUUGUAAAUAAGGGUUGUUAAAUCUCGCUCAUUAGUUUUCAUAAGUCUGUUCCCGAAGUGUUUACAGAACCCUCAUUAACUACGAGCUUCCUCGAGAUAACUACGACAUCUAUGUCAAAGAUAAGGACGGCUAUGCUACUAUUUUGGUUUCCAGAGAGUGUGGGGCAUGGGAGUGAACCUCGAGGAACCCCGAUUUCAAAAGAUCGUCCGCAAACGAAAGCCAGCAGAACAUCACCUAUCCAUUUUAGCCACCAAACGAAGAUGCGGGGUUUGCGCUAUUUGUUCCUCCUGACCUCCAUCAAUUUUGUCGCUUCGGUUGGGCUUUGCGAGGGGAAGCCUUUAGGAGAGAUCUCCAGUCUGGAAGAUGCCUUGAUCGUUCAGGAAGAAGAGCGAGACCUUGAGGACGAAAAUGACUUGGAGAACUAUUUGGGCUUCAUGAAGGAAGAUUUUCUGAGGAAGCUGAAUUUAUCGAGCGUGCCGCAAGAGCACCGAAAGGUUCAGCCUCCUCAGUUCAUGAUGGAGCUCUAUAAUAAAUACGCUUCUGACAAGACUUCCAUCCCUCGGUCGGAUGUCAUCCGGAGCUUCGUCGUCCAGGAUGUUAUUUUUUCCAUCAGACAGGCCAAUAAAACACAGCACAGGCUUCUAUUCAACAUUUCCAUCCCGAAUCACGAGGAGAUCACGUCGGUGCAGCUCAGGCUCUUCACUCUCUGGGAGAAGAGUAAAGUCACCUGCGCCGACCCGCUCGCGUCCGUCAACGUUUACGAAGUGGAGUACGAGCAGAGCGCGAACAUAUUAAACCUUCUGGACGGGAGAGACGUGACCGAGGGCAGAAGCGCUUGGGAGGCCUUCGACGUGAGCGGGGCCGUCAGGAGCUGGCAGGAGUCUGGACGCGGGGCCGGAGAACUCCAGGUGGAGAUCCAACAAGACUGCCAAGCCCUGGACGUCAGCCUGGCGUUAGAGCGCAACAGCUCGGUGGUCUUGAUCGUUUUCUCCGAUGAUCUCGGGAACAGAAAGGGAGAGGCGAUGAAAGAGGUUAAAGACAUGCUUCUUCACGAGAAGGAGCGCGGGUUUCUGGACGUGAACCAGCAUCUCCGGAGAAAGAGGAAAGCCACGAACAAUUACUGCCGGAGGACUUCUCUGAAGGUCAACUUCAAGGACAUCGGAUGGGACAAAUGGAUCGUGGCUCCGCCUGAGUACGAUGCUUACGAGUGUAAAGGAGUGUGUUACUACCCCCUCACAGAUGAUCUGACCCCCUCCAAGCAUGCCAUCAUACAAACUCUGGUGAACCUGAGCAAUCCUAAGAAAGCGAGCAUGGCGUGCUGCGUCCCGACCAAGCUGGAUCCGAUCACCGUCAUGUAUCAAGAAAAGGGGGUCAUUACGGUCCGACACCUGUACGAGGAGAUGAAAGUAGCUAAGUGUGGAUGCAGGUAGUUCUGGGCAUGCCUUUAUGUAGUGAAUUAUUUUAAAGCAGACAGGGUUAACCUUAGACUAUAGAGCUCGACGCUGAUCACUAUUAAAAUCCUUUAUCACUUGAAGUAGUCCUCUCAGCUGCUUGUGCACUAAACCUUCUCCGUCACACAGCAGAAACACACCAAACCUACCAAACCAUAUGCUUUUUAGACUCGCUGGUUUCGUGAAACACUUCUUGUGUUUUGUGAGACAUAAACCUUACGGGAAUUAAUAUUAUGGUGUUUGCUUUUGAGAUGCGUUUGAUGUUUUGAAUGCAGCGCUCCAUUUUGCCUUUCGCAUUGUGUGUGCAGUUCAAUUAUUUCACUCCUUUAACUAGGUGCUCCCGGGACAGUCCUUUAGUGAAAUACACUUCAAGUAAAUGAUGCAAAUACAUAUAUACUCUAAAGGGGGUGUAGCAACGCCACAGAACCAUUUCGGGUUCCCAAAGAACCUUUUAGUGAGCAGUUUUUAUAUUUAGAAAAAGCUAUUUUUUUGAUGACAUCGAUGGUUUCAUUGAGAGCCUUUAACCUCCGUGGAACUUUUCCAUUGCACAAACAUUUACUUCAGAUGUUUAAAAUUUUCUUCACACCUAAAACCCUUUUAAGACGUUCAUUUUUUAAAAAGAAAAAAAUUAACUUUUGUGAAAUGGACAAUAAAGACCCAUUUUUAAGAGUGUAGCGGUUAUAGUAAGUAAACUAUGAAAUUAAGAGGUCGGCUUCCCUUACGUGAUUAAAAUGUUUGUGUUUUUAUUUCAUUGAAUUUAGAGUUUGAAAGCAUUUUGGGACAUAGACCAAAAAUUAGCGAUGCUCUCUCCUAAGCAUUUUACAUUUAGGCACAGAAACAUACUCUCCACAAGUACACAGACGUCAGUGCUUGGCCAAGCGUGCAGUGCGUACUAUCAAGACACCUCAAGAGGGAGACAGAGCCGUGGCACUAAACGCUUGUGGCGUAUGUUCAGCUAGACUUGCAACGAAAGCAGAAGAAGCUGACGGUGUUGUCACAUCUAGAGUUCAUUUCAGGUCCACAUCUAAAAGUUCUCAAGUACUUUAAUAUUAAAUCUAGGGUCACUUUAAUCUACUUCUCCACUCAUUCCAUCCAUAGUAGACUUCCAUAGUAUAGGAAAAAUACUAUUGAAGUCAAAGGUGUCCCAAAACUCAAAAUGUCUUCCUUUGUGUUUUGACAGAACAGAAAAAAAUUAUACAGGUUUGGAACUACUCCAGGGUGAGAAUAUGAUUUUUCUUUUUUGGUUGAACUGUUCCUUUAACAAAUUGUGUGGCAUUUUUGUAUGUAAGAAAACUACGUAUUAAUAAUGAGACUUUUUCCAGAAAUAUGCCUGCAUUCGCUCUUUUUUUGUACUUAUUGUGCUCACAUACAUUUUCCAGCAGACUAUUUAUUUUUUCAUUUAUUAAUUUAUUUUUUCCUUCCAAAAAGAAAAGUGUAUAUAAUCCAUUAUUUUUGCUUUUUGCGAUGUAUUUCUAGCGUAUAUAUAUAUUUAUAUUUGCAUACAAACUAUUUAGUUUUACAAUGGUUAUUUUGUAAAUUGUUUUAUAUUUCAUUAUCA